GAUACAAGCAACUAAACGCAUGCUAUGGCAGCGCUGACCAUCUUGACGGUGAACGACGUGUACGACGUCGCACCUGACGCGCAUGGCAUGGGCGGAAUGGCCGAACUCGCGACCUUGCUGCAGCGUGAGCGAGCGGCGACGCCAGCGACCUCGACGCUGCUGACGACGAUCAACGGCGACUUUCUCUCCGCGUCUCGAACCGGAGCCUAUUACAAAGGCGCGCACAUGAUCGACCUUCUCAACCACAUGGACGUCGACUUUGCCGUCUUUGUCGUCGUGCGCGGCCAGGAGAGCAGCUUUGGCAACUUGGUCGCUGACGCGAUCCGGUCCGAGCUCGGCGCCAACGUUGGCCACGUCAGCGGCGGCUUUCUUCGAAGCAACGCACUGCACCCGGCCAAGGCGACGCUGACGGCGCGCAUGAUCCACUGUGACAUGCCCAUCCAAGGACCGGCAGUGCUGACGCGGAUUCGCGCCAGCGACCUUCAAGAGGCACUUGUUCAGCAACUCGGUGCGUACCCAGCGCUCUCGGGCUCGUUUCCUCACGUCUCUGGCGUGCGUCUCGUGUACGACAGCCGCUCCCGAACAAUGACGUCGUUUACGGACGAAGCCGGCAACGAAAUCGAUGCGAACGCCGAGCUGACUGUGGCGACAACGCAAUUUAUUGCGGGCGGUGGCGACGGCUGCGUCGCGUGGCGCAAGGGCUCGGUGGUUGAGACGCACGAUAUCAUGGCCAACGAGGUGAUUCGCUUCGUUGAGAAGCAGCGCAUUCUGGCCUACGCCGCCACCGAAGGCCGCAUCCGCAUUCUUGACGCAAGUUGA